AUGAAGCUUGAAAUCUUGGAACCUGAAUCUUCCUCUGAUGCCGGUGGGUCUCAUAAGGAUAACUCGAUUAUAGCCUCGGCUGAUGAUAAGAAUUCGCCUGCAACUUCCAAUGUUCUUUAUUACGAUUCCCAAUUUCUGCUUGUCUGCAAUGAAUUUGGACAUCUUGUCCCCGUUGAAGGAAUCGAAGGAAGGAAAAUCACAGCACAGGAUGUUUCCAAAAAGCAUAAAAUGGACCUUUUGAUGAGUAGGCGGGAGCUAGGAGAUGCAGCUCGCCAGCAAACUGUCAGGUGCAUGGUGAAUAAAUCAGCAAGAAGGCUAAAAUAUAUGAUCAAGGAGGUGAAGAAUAUCGAUAAGAGUGAUUCUGGAAGGAUUCCUCAGAUAAAUCUGUCAUAUCUUGCAAAUCAUGGAGGAGAUAGUCAUCCUGAACCAGAAAUUUUCAAAGACGCUGGAUUACAAAUUGAUUUAUCAUCUCUAAACAAUAUGCAUUUUGCGAAGGAAUGGCCUUUCAGGGAUAAGCAGCAUCAUAACUUGAGAGACAUUUGUCUGCUACUUCCUAGUUUAGCAGAGAAUGAAACCAAGUGCAGUAGAGAAGUAGCUCCGGGAAUUGACAGAAGGGAAGAUGGCAAAUUGAUUGAUAUUCUGCCAGAGCCUGCAGAUGUUGUUGCUGCUGAAGUUACUAGCAGUUCCACCAUUGAAACCAUUGCAGGGGUUAUGCUGGCCCCAGGUGCAGAGGCUUCAAUUGGGAGUGCAGAAUUAGUAGCCUCGAUUUUUCUGUUGAUGAGUCAACACCCAGAAAGGUUUAUCUCCGGUGAGCUUGUGAUGGUGGAUCCCUUCUUCCACCAUGCGAUGAAAGGGUGUGGCUUCUCCGGAGCAUAUCUCAGGGCAAUACCUUUUGGUGGUUGCUGUCUUCUGCAAUUUUCUGUUGUAUGUUGGAAGUCUUGGAAAAAUGGGAUCGAAAGUUUGGUCAAAAUUGCUGUGCAAAUUGGUCAAUUUAAAUUGGUUGGUAAUGCUAGAAUGAAGGUUGAGCUGGCAGAAGAGAAAUUGGAUUCUUUGAUUAGCACGCACCGCAAACAAUUACAAGAACACACCUUAGCGUUCAUGAGUGUGUUUGGUGUUACUCAUUUAGUUGAGUUACAGCUAAGUGUUAAGGUGCCUUCAGAUUGGGUAAAUGUUAAUAGUACGAAGAAAACAAUACGUUAUCAUCCUUGCAAAGUGUUGACAGCCUUGGACCAAUUGCCAUCGAAGUAUGUCCAUCCAACUUUUGUCAAUGAGAGUGAGCCUAUGCAGAUACAAAUUAUAGCUGGUCAUCAUCCGAGUGCAGUUUCUGGGCUAAAUAGAGGUCUUGCUGCUGGUGAGGAUGAUUUGCGAACGACAGAUGCUGCUGCUAAGGAGCUUAAGUUUGUUGCAGGACCUAUAGAUCUCCUUGCUGAAAUUGAUAAAGGGGAGAUUGAUCUACAGCAGUGCCUUCUCAUCUCACACUCUUAG